AUGGCCGCGGCCAACGACGAUGAGAUUUUGGAGGGCUUUCUAUGUCCUAUAUGCAAAGCAGAUUUAAAAUCAGCUACACAGCUAACGAGCCAUUUUGAGAGCCAACAUGAAGAGGAACAAGAUUUAUUACGUUCUCUUAAAGAUAUCUUUGGUAAAGCAAAGAAGAUUAUUCUCAAUGCGGAUGAGAGUGAGCUGAAAGAAACCUUUGAUCGUGCGUUGAGGCUAAAUACUCAAGAUACGUUCUAUGUUGAGGAAGAACAGACGGUGGGUGUAUGUAGGAGUUCUAGCGAAUACUUUCGAGCUGUAAGAUCAGCGAGGCUUGAACGAUAUGCCACUGAGACGAAUAAGCUGCUGAUUAGAUUGGAUAAAUUAGUUUGUAAUAUGCCUACCGAGCCAAGCCAAAGGAAACAGCAUGAACAGGAAGUUGUACCCUGGUUAGAUGGAUCAUCAGUAAAACUGUGUCCAAACUGUGCUAAACCAUUUAGUCUCACUAGAAGAAAACACCAUUGCAGGCUGUGUGGUUCCAUAUUAUGCCAUGAUUGCUCUUUGUUCUUAGAUCUUAAUAUAGCCAAAGCUAUAGUGGACCCAUCUGCACCUCAACCGCAGCCAUCCCAAGAAGUGACAGAGAAGACAGGCCUCCGUCUAUGUGAGCAUUGCUACAAUCUAGUGGAGCUGCGGAAACAAAUGCAAGAGAGUCGUAACGCUAAGACUGCAUUGAUGACGUCUUAUGAGCAAAUGCAGAGUUUAAUGGACCAGGCGAGACCGUCCGUGGCUAUGUAUGAAAAGAUGUGUCAAAGCCUCUUCGAUGGUGAAACGACAUACAAUCUACAAGACGUGAACGCUAUGCGUGGUAAAAUUGGCAAAUUGGCUGAAGGGAUCGACUUGUUGAGUAAACAGAUAGUUACCUUUGCAGGUGAACCAGGGACUAGACAAGCCAAAUUACAGAAUUCCAUUAGACAGGCAGCUGUUAAUUAUAUUAAGGAGGAGUUAUUAUCUCUACGCAAGCUCCCGACUGAAUCCCGAAUAGAAGAAGUACGUAAAGAGCGCUACGAACGAGCUCAAAGACAAGUAGAGCUGGAGAGGAGACGAGUAGAAAAAGAGAGAGAAUGGAAAGAAGGAGAAGGGAGCCGAAAUGGUGGGGCGAGCAUACAGCAUGAUGACGAUAAUCCGCUACUGGAACAGAUGAAUAUCAUCAGAGGGUAUAUAAGAGAUGCUAGGAAGGAGCUAAGGUUUGAAGAGGUGGCCAUACUAGAAGCUAAUCUAAAAGAAUUGAAGAAAGAAUAUCAGCUGCAAAUGCUCUCAAACAAAACCUAG